CCGUCAUCAUAGAUCUGCCUGAGUUCCCCUUGACAGAAUUCAGCAUGUAGUGAGCAGUUGAUAUUUCCUCUAUAUAAAUAGAACAGGCAGGUCAGCAUUACUCGGUGUUUAAAAUUAUCUUGGCUUUGCUACACCCUAGAGAAAGUAGAACACCCUUUUAUGCAGACUUAUAAACAUACACAUUUGGCCAUUGAAAACAAGCGGGAAUAUAAUAACCCCCACGCAGAAAACAUGACAGAAACAAUGACACGGGCUGAAAUUGCUAAGCGACUGAAGAAAGAUUUUUUGAAGGCUUUGCAGUCAAACGACUACAGAACUCUGGAGGAGUUUUUGACUCAGAAGCAGAUAGAUGUGGACACAGUGUUUGAAGUGGAAGAUGAGAACCUGGUCCUGGCCUCCUACAAACAAGGGUACUGGCUGCCUAGCUAUAAACUGCAACAUUCGUGGGCCACUGGGCUACACUUAUCUGUUUUGUACGGCCACCUGGAGAGCCUGAGGGUCCUGCUGAAGCACAAAGCGACAAUCAACUGCCGGCCCAAUGGUAAAGCAGCAAUCCACAUAGCGUGUGAAAUGGGCAACCUGGAUUGCAUCAAGAUACUCUGCAGCCACGGAGCGAAAACCAACUGCUAUUCGCUGAGCGGUCUCGCGCCACUGCAUUUCUGUAGCACAAAGCUGUCCAUCCCUUGCGCACAGCAGUAAUCUUGGAGAGGCGCAGACGUGAAUAUAAGGACUAACAACCAAGAGGAAACACCCCUCCACACUGUUGCUCGUUGCGGUAUCCCUGAAAUGGUGGCCUUUUACGUAGAACAUGGAGCUGGGGUUGACUGUCGAAGCCACAGAGAAACACCUCUGGCCUGUGCGGUCUAUUGGGCCCUCAAUGGCAAGGAACAGACAUACAGCACAGAUCACCACCUGAUCUGUAGGAUGCUGAUCGACUAUAAAGCCGACGUCAAUUCACGAGACGAGGAUUUCCGAACGCCUCUCCACAAGGCUGCUUGGAACUGUGACGGCGUUCUGUUGGACAUGCUACUUGAGGCGGGAGCUGAGGCUAACUUCAUGGACGACAACGGAUGCGGCCCUUUGCAAUACAUCCUGAAGUAACAGGGUGGGCGGCCAAGUGCCCAGCCAGAAUUCUGCUUCCAGCUGCUUCUCAAUUAUGGAGCUGCCAGGAUAUAUCCUCCACAAUUCCAUAAGGUUUUGCAGGCCUGUUGCUCUUAUCCCAGAGCAGUUGAGGUUAUUGUGAAUACAUAUGAACAUAUCAAGUCCACAGCAAAAUGGAGAGCAUCUAUACCUGAUGAUGUCUUUGAGAUGUAUAAUGAAUUCUACGAAUCUCUUGAGGUGUGCGAUAACACACCAAGAUCACUCAAGCAUUUAGCCAGAUGUGCAAUUCGAAGAAUAUUGUUCGAUCGAUGCCACAAAGGGAUCCCUUUACUUUUCAUUCCAGCGACACUGAAUUAUUUGCUCUUAGAACCAGAAGGAAUAUUGUACUGAGUUUGUCCAGCAGCCCAGUUCUGUAAAACUGGGGUUCACUCGCAUGGUAGAAGUUAAAACCCAGGGUUCCGUGAUAUCACCCAGAACAAAAGGUCAUGGUCAAUUUGUAUACAAGACUCAUUUUAUAUCUGUGGAUUACACUAAGUUCUUGAAUUUGCUGCAGCCUGAACACAAGCCUAUUUCAUAAUCCAUUUCACUCCCAGCUUGUGUCAGAAAGAAUAUACAUGGAACUCUGGAAAGGAAUUAGGCCAGCUUUUCCAUCUGCUUUCAAAUCUAAAUAAUGACUGAGCUAUGCAUAUCAGUGCUUUGAAAAGUCUGGCUUUCAUUGACCCAUACAAAACAAAUAUCAUAAAGACUUAUGUGCUAAAUUAAAGAGACCAUGUUUUUAUUUGAACCUUUAGAAUUCAAUAUACUAAUAAACAGCCACAUUCUCUGAGUGGAUCCUGGUGUAGCCCCAAACAGCAUCAUUCAUGUUUGAGGUGGUCAGGGAUGAUGGGAGAUGUAGUCCAGCAAGAGCUGGAGACUCAAGUUUGAGAAACACUUGCCUUAGGAGAUGGGUGCUUACAUUUUUAUA